AUGGGUUCCCUCGACGUUCAACGCGACCCGCCCACGGGUAUCUCAGUCCUCAUCUCAGGCGCUGGUGUUGGAGGAUUGACUUCAGCGCUGGAGUUCUGGCGGAAAGGGUGCGAUGUGAGAGUGCUGGAGAGGGCGAAGGAGAGCUUGACGACGGGCGACACCUUCCAAAUCGGCCCCUCGGUCCGCCACAUGUUCAAACACUAUCCUGAGCUGCAGAGACGACACGACGAAGUUGAUUACAACCCGCUGUUCUGCAAAUCGAAACACACCGGCGAGCGAAUGAUGAAACCUGUGCCGUUCGCAUCGAUCACUACGCCGGACAAGAAUGGGUAUCGCCCUUCCAGCUCGACGCACUCGCGACCGAAGUUCCAUAAGAUCCUCUUGGAGCAGAUGGAGCGCUUGGGGAUUGAGAUUGAGUUUGGAAAGGAAGUGGUGGAUUACUACGAGGGUGUCAAGUCUGCAAAGGCGGGCGUGGUGUUGAAGGACGGGUCGAAGGAGGAGGCGGAUCUGGUGAUUGCGGCGGAUGGGCUGAGAGGGAAGUCGUGGAGCCUCGUUGCUGGGGAGCCUGUUCCUGUGAGGAGCAGUGGGAGCGCGGUCUUUCGGGCGGCGUAUCCUGUCGAGCUGGCCAUCAAGGAUCCAGAGGUCGCAGCGCGCUUUCCUCUUGAAGAGGACGGCACGUCCAUCUUCGAAUUGUGGUUGGGUCCGGGGAUGUUUGCGACUUUCUGGCGAAACGACGAGUCGAUGAUGUGGAGUAUCACGCAUCCUGACGAAGGUACCGCGGAGGAGUCUUGGAAUCACAAGGUGUCGCCGCAGACGGCCGUCGAUUACACUGCUACGGUACCGGGAUGGCCAGAGGUGGCCAACAAGGUCAUUCUGGCGACGCCACCGGAUGUUCUCAUCGAUUGGAAGUUGAUGUGGCGGGAUCCGCAGCCUUCGUGGGUGUCGCCGGGAGGUUAUGUGGUGCAGCUUGGUGAUGCGGCUCAUACUUUCUUGCCUAGCUCCGGGAAUGGUGCCACACAAGCCAUCGAGGACUCGGCCUCCCUCGCCGCCUGCGUGGCCAUAGCCGGCAAGGAAAACAUCCCAGAUGCGGCUCGCGUGCACAAUCUCCUCCGCUUCGAGCGAGUCUCCUUCCUACAAGCCAUGGGUGUCGCACGACGGGACGCGCGAACAAGCAAGAACGGCAAGAAAGAAGAGCCACUCAUGCCAGGCAUGUGGCUUUGGGGCCACGACCCGGAAGCGUACGCUGAAGAGAACUUCGAGAAGGCUCUGGCUCAUAUCAAGGAUGGUGCACCGUUCAAGAGCACCAACAAACCUGCGAAUAUUGAGUAUCGGCCGUGGACGAUUGACUCGUUGUCGGAGGCGUUGGAGAAGGGCGAGCCGUCGAUCUUGGAAGGUGAUUGGAGUUGA